AUGAGCCCCAGCCCCUCACAGAGCCCCAGCCCCUCAGAGCCCAGCCCGCCCACCCCCGAGCCCCGGCCCCUCACAGAGCCCCGGCCCCUCACAGAGCCCGGCCCUCAUGAGCCCCGGCCCCUCACUGAGCCCCGGCCCCUCACUGAGCCCCGGCCCCUCACUGAGCCCCAGCCCCUCAUGAGCCCCGGCCCCUCACUGAGCCCCGGCCCCUCACUGAGCCCCGGCCCCUCACAGAGCCCCAGCCCCUCAUGA